GAAAAAAAACCAUUGCGAGAAAUCAUGAUUGUCCCGUGUCGGCCGUCACUCGUUCCUGGUGUGUGGCCUCUGAACUGAAGCCCUCUAGCUGUCGAGCCGUCCUCGUCCUGGUCCCCGUUCCUCUUGUCCAUCCUCAAUCCAGUCAGUCAAGUGUGCGCGGAUUUGGAGUCCGCUGGAUGUCCCCCACAGACGGACGUUUUCGACAAGGCCGCUCUCGUUCCUUUGGUAAGCCCGCGCUUGCUUGCUUGCUUGCGUGCGUGCGUGCGUGGGUCGGUCUUCUCCAUCUUUGGGCUGGGUCGCGCCGAGCCGUGCCCUCGUUGGGUUUUCCUGAUCUUGGCCGUGGCCUCUCCUUGUGCUGCUUCUUCAUCCCCGAGCCUCGAGUGCCUUAACCACCCUGGGCAUGCCCCGGCCUGCUUGGAGUUCGUCUUUCUCUUGAAUGGGACAAGACGGUGUUGUUGUGGUUGUUGUUGCUGUUGCCAACUUCGUCCCAAUGCCCUGAUUACGACAGCGACUAAGAGCUGUCUGUGGCUGGACGGAGUUCGACUAUUAGCACAAGUAGCAGUCAUUCAGGCAGUCAGGCAUCCGCUCAUCCAUCCAUCCAUCCAUCCAUCUAUCCAUCUAUCCAUCCAUCCCAUCCUCCUUUUUCCUCCUUUUCUUCCUCGUCCUCCUUGGCUUCUGAUUGUUGCCCGUCCUCGUCCUCCAGGAAGAAAGAGGCUAUUGACUCCAAACGAUUAGUUGUUCCAAGGCCUUCGAUCCUCAAGGCCAGGCCCCGCGCUACUCGUUCCAUCCAAUUCGAACACGACGACGACGACGACGACCACAACAACGACGGCGACGCAGGCCUACUCAUCAUCAACGGCCUAGCUCAGCUCCUCGUGGGCCUUGGGGUCGCAGUUCGUCCUCGACGAGCUUAGAUUCGUUUGUUCGUUGGUGUGCAAACGGCUGAGUGAGUGAGUGAAACAGUGAGCGAGCUGACGAACUGACGAGCUGCUCGUCCGAAUUGGAGAUGGGUCGGCGGUCGGGUCGGUAGGCAGCGACUCCUUCCAACCCGUCAUCCAUUCCACCAUUGGAUCUGGCACCGUUGAAUUACAGCCCAAAGGAACUUCAGGGACGUGGAGCAAACGGGCAGAAACAUCAAGAUUGCCGUCACAUCCACAGCUCCAUUCAUUAACCUCCCCCGUCAUUGUCCGCCAGUCGGAGGGGGAGGGUCGUCGAACUUUUUGGGGCGUUUUUCCUGGUGGUUGGAUCAGAGGAACGGUUCACCAACUUUGCGUUUGUGUGACAGCGGCCUCGCACUUCCAACUCCCCUUGACUAGUCCGUUGUGAUCGAUCGUGCCACGACGUUAGAUCCUUCCCUCCACCCACCAUCAUCUUCAUCAUCAUCAUCUUCAUCAUCAUCACGAACAUCAACACCACCGCCAUCAUGAGCUCGAAUGCUCCCACCUCGGCUGACGCGUGCCUGAGCAUCGUUCAUUCACUCAUGUGUCAUCGGCAAGGUGGAGAAUCCGAGAGUUUCUCCAAACGAGCCAUUGAAAGCCUGGUAAAGAAGCUCAAAGAAAAGCGCGACGAAUUGGAUAGCCUGAUCACGGCCAUCACCACCAAUGGCGCCCACCCCACGAAAUGCGUGACCAUCCAGCGCACGCUGGACGGUCGUCUCCAAGUGGCGGGUCGCAAAGGCUUCCCGCAUGUGAUUUAUGCGCGCAUCUGGCGUUGGCCGGACUUGCACAAAAACGAGCUCAAGCAGGUCAAGUACUGCCAGUUUGCGUUCGACCUCAAGGCAGACUCGGUGUGUGUGAAUCCUUACCAUUAUGAGCGCGUGGUCAGCCCCGGGAUUGAUUUGUCGGGUUUGACCUUGCAUCCGGGCUCCAUGACGGGUUAUCCCAAAGAGGAAGACCGACCCAUGAGCGGUUGGGAUCAUUGGGACGGGGGCAACUCCUCGUCCUCCAUGGGCCCAUCGCACGGGGCGGGCGGCUCCUCAGCGGGCACGCCCAAUCCUCCUUCGUCCUCAACUCAUCCGGGUCACCCAAACGCGGUGGCGCCCCCGGGAACUCAGGGAAACCAGCCCAAUUUUGGCCAGGAGAGCAACCAUCCCAGCAGCAGCAGCAGCAACACGGGCAGCAACAACAGCACCAACAACCUGGGUGGGGCUCCACCUGGCUCCUCCCAGGCUGUGGCCAUCUCGGGGCUGACCGGCUCCAACAGCACGGGCAACAACAACAGCAGCAGCAUCCUCAUCAACAAUCCCAGCCACAACGCGGGUCAGGGCGGUCUGAUCGGCGGACCCGGUCUGGGCCGGAGUCCCUCCCAGCUGCCCCAGAAUGGUACGGCCCCGGGGGCGAAUGCGCCGUUCCAGCAGAACACCAACAACAACAAUCCAAGCCACAACAACGCCACCAUGGCCAACAACAACAACAACAGCAGCUCCUCCUCCAACACCACCCACAACAGCAACAACAACACCUCCUCCUCCAGCCACCUCACGAGCAGCCCAUCAAAUGCUCUUGGGAGUGGUGGCCACCCCCAGACGUCCAAUCUUGGAGCGAACAACUCCAACCCGGCCCUGGGGGGGGUCCAUUCCCAAGCGACCACUGGCAAUCCAGUGCAGGCCAACCAUGGGAACUGGUCAGCUACGGGGGCUACCCUCAACUACCCGGCUACGCAGAACAUGGGGCCGCAACAAACAGCCACAGUUGGCACCCCGGGUUCGGGAGUGAACACUGGUGAUUGGUUCGCCAACCGAACAACCACCCAUAUGGCCACUCAGGAGGCCAAUGGACCCAUUUCAAAGUCUCCCAUGCCCGAAUUUUGGUGUUCCAUCGCUUAUUUCGAGCUGGACACACAGGUCGGGGAAACCUUCAAAGUCCCGAGUGGUUGGCGAUCCGUCACUGUUGAUGGCUACGUGGACCCGUCGGGUGGGAACCGUUUCUGUUUGGGCGCUCUCAGUAACGUUCACCGCACCGAGCAGAGCGACCGAGCCCGUCUUCACAUCGGGAAACGUCUUCGUUCAGAGUUAUUACUUAGAUCGAGAGGCGGGUCGCGCCCCCGGAGAUGCAGUCCACAAAAUCUACCCUUUGGCCCAUACCAAGGUGUUCGACUUACGCCAGUGCUACAGACAGAUGCAACAACAAGCUCAAACAGCCAAUGCUGCCGCUGCGGCCCAAGCGGCCGCUGUCGCCGGACACAUGCCCGGACAAGGUGGGGUGGGCGGGAUUGCACCCGCUGUGUCUCUUUCGGCGGCUGCCGGGAUCGGCGUCGACGACCUCCGCCGCUUGUGCAUUCUUCGCUUAUCCUUUGUGAAAGGCUGGGGACCGGAUUACAACCGGAAGUCCAUUAAGGAGACCCCGUGUUGGAUUGAAGUCCAUCUCCAUCGAGCGCUUCAAUUACUGGACGAGGUCCUCCAUUCCAUUCCCUUGGAGCAGAAUCGAAGGGGCGGAGGAGGUCGGGCGUCCCUCAUCUCGGACUGAGUCUUGGAUGAGCAUCGGCUCCAUGAAAUUGAACCCAUGACCGCAAUGACCUCACAACACUUUUUGGAAGAUUGUCGCUUUUCUAAUCACGUUAUAUUCUACACUACCAGAUACGCACUCACACUCACUCACCCAAAAUCUGUCCAAAUGGGACAGAUGACACUUGAUACGAUAGUCCGGCGGCAGAUGAGAGUCGGUCGGCCAUUGGACCUGACACGCCCAAAUUGGUGCGGGAAAGUAUUACCAUAAUUGAUUGAUAUGUUUGAAAUUAUCCCGGUUGCUACUACCACUUAAAACUUUAGUCGUCCAGAACGAAGUGCAAAUAAUCCCGGUUAAAUUUAGAAAGACGAAAAAAGAACCAGAGUAUAAAAAGCUUAUUCUACUUGAUUUCAAUGAAUCUAGAGUCCUUCUUCCACGUGCUGAUCCGAGUUCUCGCUCAUUCCCUACCGAAACCCGUUCGACCAUACCAAAAGAAUUUCACAAUCUUUUCUCAUGUACAUACAAAAAGUGACAAUAUCCAGGAUUAUUUUUCCCCCCCACCCCUUGUUUUUCAAUGAUGAACAAGUCACGAGUCUUCAAAAUUCUAGUACAUAGAAAGUAGAGGUUAACAAAUCCCCACAAUGCUAACCGCAUCUGCACGAGAUUUUUGAGAUUUCCAUAUAUUAAUCGAGACGAAGAUUCUCAAAAAUACGAUUAACGAUUAUUGCGAUCUUUUUUUCUGAUCGAUCCUUGAAUAUGAUACUGAUCACUCGAUUGUCAGACCAGCCCCUACCCCCCUUCAAAAAAAAAUGCGACAGGAUUUCGUUUCAAGAUUUUGCCCCCAACAAUCAAAACGCGUGAUUAUCAAUUUUGUUUUCCAAUUAAUUGUCUAUCAUAUUAUAUUUGAAAUCUGAUCCCGGUGAUGAAAUCCAGAAAAUCAUCUUGUCUUCUCAGGAAACAAUUAUGAGUCAUUCUUCUUCACCCUUUCUUCCAAAGAGAUUGGCUUUCCACCCUAAAAGUAACGUCAUUGGCCAAAAUUUAAUUUGGAAAAGUGUGGCCAAUCACAACCCCAAGAGAUCCAAUUGCUUCUUAUUGCUUAUUAUUUCCUUUCUUCCCUCUCCCUCCCUCGCUCUGUCUGUUGCUUUGUCUUUGGAUCAAUUAAUGAAUCGAUUAUCGCUCCAAAUUUGACACUCAAAUUUGCGAGUCAUUUCCGGUUAUUUCUUCAAGAUGAUAACGAAGCGUUACGACCUAGAAUUUGAUUCCAUGCAUUCUUCUCAGAUAUGUAGAUAACUUUUACGAAAUACAUAUAUAAAGAUACAAACAAA